AUGAAAACAAGAACUCCAAACAAAGUAAAUAUGAAAGAACAGAAUACAACGUGGAUGCUCAAUUCUCCCAAUCCGAGCCCUCUUUGUUUUUUUAGAUUUACCUUUUCUAUGAAUCGUUCGCGGGCUUUUGAUACUUAUGUUAAAGCUCUAGAAUUAGCCUUUGGGAAAUGUAAAGAUGAGACUGUUAAAGAAAGGCUACUAAAAAUGAGAGAAAAGUCUAACGAUGAAAUUCAAACAGACUGGGAGGUAUGGCUUGAAGAAAGGAAAACGAUUUUAUUAAGCCGUUCGAUCCAAGACACAAAUAUAGCUGUGCAAAAUAGACUUAAUACCCGCGUAGAAAACCAGGGUACACUGUUAACAACGCCAACAACGUUCAAUAAACCUAAUAAACUUACAAUUGAUAUAUACGAUGAUGAUGAAAAUGAUGUAGAAAAUUUUGAAGAUAAAAGAGAUUUAUUGAUAAGUUCUACAGUGAUAACCGAUCCUAAUGAGGAGGUUCUAGAAUCGCUCGCAACUUUGUUUGAAUCUUCCCAAGAAGAUCUUAUUUUAUCUAUUGCAGAAGAAAGCCUUGACAGAGAGGAAAUAGUGAUACCAGAUGUUACGAAACAGUUUCUAAAGGAAAAUAAACUUGUGUUAUCAAGUCAAUUAGAUGUUUGUGCGUACUUUCGUAACAUGCGUUUAAAGAUCCCGUUGAAAAAUAAGAUCUUGAAUCCAGCUUAUUAUGGAAUCAUUGAUUUAACUGGACAGCAUAUUGAAACUAAGACAUCAUUUGCUGUUGAAGACUGGGAAGAACUUCGGAAUAUAUUUGGUACCAUUGUUCGAUGGCAAUAUAUUCUGACGCCUGAGCAUUUCACCGAAUAUUUUGAUAAAAAUUUUACAUUGCCUUCUAAUCCAAAGGAUGAACUAAGAACCUUCCAUAAAGCAGUUGAAUUCCUACGGACAAGCUACCCUAUCCAAAACACAAUGUCUGAGCAACACGCAACGCAUGCACUAUAUUACCCCUUAAUUAGUACAGUCCUCCGUAAUGAUGCCAUAUCACUAUUGGAUUGGGGGGAAAUUAUUUCAUGUUCAAGCUCUGAUGCAAAAAAUGACAUUAUCAGUCCCGAGAAGAAAGCAAAGAUUGGUCAUAAAGUUGACCUCAAAAUUACUUUGAAAACUCCAAAUUAUAAGUUGCAAGCUGUACAUGGUGAAAUAUCUGGGGGAAUCAAGAAUGGAAAGGCGGAAGCUUGCAAGCGUAAGCAAUGGCUUGAUAAACUCAAGCUUAUGAUCAUGAUGCGAGAUGAAUUGAAUCAGAUCAUCAAAUAUUACACCCAAUCAAACGCUGAUUUCUUAUAUUUUAUUGUGUACGGUAUUCAAGUGAUUGGGUUUCAAUUAAACGUUUAUGCAAUGACAUGGUGUAGUGGAGGUGUUUACCUUUUUGGAUUAGUUGAUAAAUGUCUAAUACCAGGCGAUUUGGAAACAUUUUAUUCGUUAGAAGAAGUAUAUGUAAUUCUCAAAACUUUGCAAAUGAAAGUUAAAGAAACUUCAAAUGUGUUAAUUUUCAUUGAACAGAAACAUGCAAAAAAAAGACGGCGACCUUUGGCACCUUUUGAUAAGAAACAAUGUGACCUUGAAAAUGAUCUUGUACUCACUCGAACACCAAAACAUCGGAGGACUUUACAAUGUAGUAUGUGA